GUGCCGCUCCGUGCCGGACCGACGGGUGCUCUGCGGCUGCUCUGUGACGGUGACUGGCGUUUCGUGACGUUCCGUGACGUAGGUGCUCCGUGACGGUUUUGUACGGUACCACAGCACUCCGUGACGGCUGUGUGACGGCGGCUGGCGCUCCGUGACUGCUCUUCAACGUUCCUCGGGCCCUCCGUGACGGCUGUGUGACGGUCCCACAGGCGCUUCGUGACGCCGCCGUGACGCGGCUGGCGCGAUGGCGUCCACGGCCACCCAAGUGGGGCUGCUGCUCUGGAAAAACGUCACCGUCCGGAGACGAAAACCGCUGCUGCUAGCCACGGAGCUGCUGCUGCCGCUGGUGCUGUUAGCCGUUCUCUGUGGCAUCCGAUACCGGCAGCCGGCAGAGAGAAUGGGCCAGACCAGCUACUAUGGCCGCGUGCUGCCGUCAGCGGGCCUCAUCCCCGUACUCGAGUCUCUGUUCUGCACUUCGAGCGGCGAGCCGGACGGAUACGGCUUCAAGCGCUACCCUAACUCGUCGAGCACCGCCAUAUUGGAGUACCUUCAGCGCCAUGGCGGGCGCUGGCCACCUGGCGGUGACACGGGUGACCACCCUGCUGACCUCGGUCCGUCACAGGACGUCUGUGACGACUCUCUGGGGCCUGCGGAGAAUCGGACAGCCACCCAGAGUGUGGUGCUGCUCUGGGGCGCGGUACAGAUGAUUGUCUGCGGCCAGACUCCCCCGGUACCGCCGCCCAUGAACUCGACGGCCGACUUUAUCGACUACCUGGGCGUGGACCCGUACCACCAGGGCCGGCUGGCCAUUCUCUUCCACAUGAUAACCACUAAUACCAGGAUCCCGUUCGCGCCCAACACCACACAGGCCUGGAGGAUCGUCAGAAAGGUGAAUGAGACGAUGGACUACGUGGCUGGACUGAGUGAUGCGGCGCGUCUCUGGCUGCGGUCGCCCCCGCCGCCCGAUCACACGCUGCCGGUUCCGGCCGCCCAGCUGACCCUCAUUAGCUGCGCCUGGCUGCAGCUGAUGGGCGGUGCCGACCUGGACUGGUUCAGGCCGUUCCCGACAGAGGAGGCGGCCGUCCAGUACUUCCUCGGCGAGGGAGACACGACGGCCGCCGCUGACAACGCCACCGUCUUCGCAGUCCUGGCGUUCGAUCUGCCGCCGGACGACAGCCUGCCGAGCCACCUAACCUACAAGAUCCGGCAGAACGCCUCUCUGACGGCUAACACAGCGGUGGUGCGCGACCGCGCCUGGCUGCCCGGUCCCAGGAGCUGGGACUACAACUACUACGAGUUCGGAUUCUCCUGGUUGCAGGACCUGGUGGAGCGCGCAGUGACCUCGCUGCACGCCGGCCGGCCGGUGCUGGAGCCGGCCUCUGCCGUCCAGGAGAUGCCUUACCCGUGCUUCAUCCGCGACUCGUUCCUGUUCUACCUGCAGACGGUGAUGCCGCUGUGUGUCACCCUGGGAUGGGUGUGCGGUGUGACGCUACAGGUGCUGCUACUGGUGCAGGAGAGAGAGGAUAGACUCAGGGAGGUGAUGCUAACGCUCGGUAUCAGCGUGUCCGCCGUGCGCCUCUCCUGGGUCCUGACGGCGCUGGUGGUGACGCUGCCCUCGGUGGUGGCUGUGACGCUGGUGCUCUGCUACGGCGGUAUCCUGCGCUACAGCAGCGUCUCCCUCGUGUUCUGCCUGCUGAUGCUGUUCGCCGCCGACAACAUCGCCGUGGCCCACCUGCUGAGCGCUCUGUGUCCGGGCCGAGCGCGGACGGCCGCCGCCGCCUCCACCAUUCUCUACUUCCUGGCCUACGUGCCCUACAUCUACGUGUCGGUCAUCGAGAACACGGCCAUGCAGCCCGUCUCCACCCCCGUCAAAGUCAUCACGUGUCUGCUCUCUCCAUCAGCGUUCAACCUGGCGUUCAAGUACGUGGGCUUCUACGAGCAGCAGGGCAGCGGCGUGGACUGGAGCACGUGGACCGUCUCGCCGGUAGAGAACGACCAGUUCAGCCUGGCACUCACCAUGCUACUCAUGCUGCUAGAUAUCCUGCUGUACGCGAUCGUCAUCUGGUACGCCGAGGCCGUCUGCCCAGGCUCGGCCGGCGUGCCCCAGCCGUGGUAUUUCCCCGUUACGCUCCGAUACUGGUGUCCGUCGGCGGUGAGGGACGGCGGCAGACGAGCUGGAGAGGAGGGGAGCGGCGCGGAGGACGGACCGACAGAGGACGGCGAGGCCGGUCUACUCAGUGAGCGCGAGCCCUCCGAUCUGAAGCUGGCCGUGGAGCUCAGCGGUGUGAGCUGGAGGUUCCGCGGCCAGCCCCGGCCCGCCGUGGACCAACUCAGCCUGCGGCUGUACCAGGGACAGGUCACCGCGCUACUGGGGCACAACGGAGCCGGGAAAACCACCACCAUGUCCAUGCUGUGCGGUCUCCUCCCCUGCCAGUCGGGCUCAGUAACGGUUUACGGUCUGGACACGCGGCGCGAGCUCUCCGAGGUACGCCGAGCGCUCGGCUUCUGCCCCCAGCAGGAUGUACUGGUGGACGGCCUCACUCCGGCGGAGCACCUCUGGAUGUACGCCAGGGUCCGCGGCGCCACUGAUGAUGAGGCUGACAUGGAGGUCAUCAGCGUGCUGGCCGACAUUGACCUGCUGACGCGGCGUGACCUGGACGUGCGCCACCUAUCGGGCGGCCAGCGGCGCAAACUGUCGGUGGCUAUCGCCUUCCUGGGCGGCAGCCGGUGCAUCGUUCUCGACGAGCCGACGGCCGGCGUCGACCCGCACUCGCGCAGGGCCAUCUGGAGGCUCAUAGCCAAGUACAAACACGGUCGGACCAUCCUGCUGUGCACCCACCACAUGGAGGAGGCCGACAUGCUCAGUAACAGGAUCGCCAUCGUCGCAGAUGGACGGGUUCGCUGUGUCGGCUCGCCGAUGUUCCUGCGUCGUCAGCUAGGCGCCGACUAUCACCUACACGUGGUACGCACCGUCCCGACUUCCAGCCAUGGCGAGGAACAGAAUGAACUGACCUCCAGCCCUAGAGAGGGAGAGGAGGGAGUGACCUCCAGCCCUGGAGAGGGAGAGGAGGGAACACAGACUGCCUCUCUGGCCACUCCAGCGAUCACCAAUGUCACCGAGUCGUCACCAGAGGUCACCAAGUCACCACCGGGGGUCACAGAGGUCACUGGAGCGACGAGCCACCCGCAGAAGACUGAGGAUUCCGCUGUCGAUAGUAACGCGGCGUCGGUACUGUCGCUGCUGCGGCGCCGCUGCGCCGGAGUCCGCCUGCUGCGCACCUCCGCCCACGAGCUGCACUUUCUGCUGCCGCCCGUGGCGGGGGCGGGGGCGGCGGCGGGCGGCAGCGGACUGCCCGAGCUGCUGGAGGAGCUGCAGCGCCACGGUCGCCGGCUGGGUGUUACCAGCUACGGCCUGCAGACUACAUCCAUGGAGGACGUCUUCCUCAGACUCACUCGGCACUCAAAUGGCGCUCCAGAGCCGCCGCCCGACCCGGACUCGGACCGGGCCACCCCUCCGCCGUGUGACGUCACCGCUGCAGCUGACGUCACACCGCGCAGUGACGUCACCGAGCCGCCGCUGUCAGGCCGCCGUCUGCUGUGGCAGCAGUUCGUUGCCGUGCUGCUCAAACGGUUCUACUGUACGCGAAGAAAUUGGUCGCUGCUUAUUAGUCAGGUGCUUCUACCGGCGUUUUUCACGUUCCUGGCCAUGUCGGUGGCAAUCGUGGCGCCGGUGGUGACGGACAAGCCGGCGCUGGUGAUGGCGCCCACGCAGUACUUCAACUACAGCUGGCCCGAUGUGGUGCCCGUGGUCAGCAACCGUCUGGAUGUGCUCAACCCGGGGUUCAGCACCGAUGCGCCUUCCACUAACGUGUCUCAUACGCUGCGCCUAGUGUCUGGACUGGGGGCCACCUGUGUCCUCCGGGACCCGCAUAACGCCAGCGCCGGCUUCGACCCGCUCUGUAACACCGUUCGGCACCAUGGAGAUGUAUCGGGUCAGCUGGUGUUCCGGCGGCGGGAGAGGUCACUGACCCAUAGGAGCCGUCGGUCGGCCGGUCAGCAGCUCACCACCAUGCCUCCGAGCCAACAGAGACUGUACCCGGAGUGCCGGUGUCGCGCGGACGGCGCCGGCCAGGAGUGUCGUGUGGGCGGCUACUCCCUGCCCGUCUCGUGGCCGGUAACGACUGGUGAUCUACUGCAGAACAUUACCGGACAGCCGGAGACGGAGUUCUACCGGGCCACCACCGACAUCUACCGACUGCGGCGUUACGGCGGUCUCAGUCUGGGUCUGGUACACGACGUGACUCCACCCCAGUUUGGACAAGGCCUGUCGACCCGACUGAGACGCACGGCGGUCCGUCGACUGGCCAAGGCCUGGUUCAACAACAAGGGAUUCCACGCAGUGCCGGCGUUUGUGAACGCCAUCAACAACGCCGUGCUGCGGGCCAACCUGCCGGAGUCGGCUGGGGACCCGGCCGGAUACGGUAUCACGUGUGUGAACCACCCUCUGCCGCGAACGAGCACCUUUUUCCUGGAGGAGCAGAUACGCCAGGGAACGGACGUGCUGAUUGCACUAAUGGUACUGGUGGCUCAGAGCUUCGUACCGGCCUCGCUGGUGCUAGCGCUGGUGCAGGAGCGGCGGCGGCGCACCAAGCAUCUACAGCUACUCUGUGGACUGGACGGCACCGUGUACUGGCUGGCCAACUACUGCUGGGACCUGCUGAACUGCUCCCUACCAUCUGCGGCCUGUGUUCUCAUCAUCGUGGCGUUCGGCGACCCGGCAUACGCGUCUGCCUCCAACCUACCGGCUGUGGCCCUGCUCAUCUUCCUAUACGGCUGGUCGAUGACGCCGCUGAUGUACCCGGUGACGUUUGCGUUCCGGGAGCCGGCCAGCGCCUACAUUGCCGUCGUCAUCUUCAACCUCUUCGUGGGCGCCGCUGCGCUUCUCACUACAUCCAUGUUCGAGAGUCUGGACGAUACGGAGGUGGUGGACGUGCUGAAGAAGAUAUUCCUGGUGCUGCCCAACUACUGCAUGGGCCGGGGUCUGCUGGAGAUAGCCUACAACCAGUACCACAACGAGUUCCUCACCAAAACCGGCAGCUACUCGCGGAUGCUGUCCCCGCUCUCUGUGGCCCGCCGCUAUCUGAUCUCCAUGGCUGUGAUGGCGGCCGUUGGACUGGUGGUCACCCUCACCCUUCAGCUCCGGCCGUUUGCUAGGUUCCGCCCGUGCUGCUCCAAGCCUGAGGACUCUGCUCGGGAGGACGGCGUCUCCCCGCGGGAGGACGAGGAUGAGGACGUGGCCGUGGAGGGGCGCCGGGUGACCAGUGGCGCCGCCAGUGGCGAUAUACUGAAACUGGAGCGGCUCACUAAGGCGUACCGCGGCGCCGGCACGGCGGUGGACCGGCUCUGUGUGGGAGUGGCGCGCGGAGAGUGUUUCGGCCUCCUGGGCGUUAACGGCGCCGGUAAAACGUCCACCUUCCGUAUGCUGACGGGCGAGACGGCAGUGACAUCGGGCGACGCGCUAGUGAAGCUGCAGCGCCGCUCGCCGCCGCUAGAUGUCAGUGUGCGCUGGCGGCUGUCUGAGGCGCUCAGCGAGGUCGGGUACUGUCCCCAGCAGGACGCGCUGCACGGAGAGAUGACGGUGGCAGAACACCUCCGCUACUACGCUAGGAUUCGCGGCGUUCCCCCGGCCUCCCUCCUGGUCGAGGUUGCCGGCCUACUCACCCAGCUGGACCUGACCCGGUACGCCGACCGACCGGCGGACGCCCUUUCCGGCGGCAACAAACGGAAACUGAGCACGGCGCUGGCGCUGGUCGGCGGACCGCGGCUACUGCUGCUGGACGAGCCGACGAGCGGUAUGGACCCGGCGUCGCGCCGUUUCCUGUGGGACCUGGUGCGCCGCCUGGUGUCCUCCGGUCGCUCGGUGCUCCUCACCUCACACAGUAUGGCCGAGUGUGAGACACUCUGUACGCGCCUGGCGGUGAUGGUGAACGGCCGGCUGCGCUGCCUGGGCAGCCCGCAGCACCUCAAACACCGGUUUGGGGAUGGAUACACGGUGACCAUACGGUGCGGCGCCGGAGCCAACCCGUCCGCCGUCGAUACGGAGCUGAAAUGCCGGCUGCCGGUAUCCAGACUGAAGGAGUGCCACCUGGACGUCUGGACGUACGAGGUCGGCGUGGGCUCGGCUGAGCUGCCCGACCUGCUGCGGCAGCUGGAGAAACUGGCGGCCGACUGCGACAUCGACGACUGGUACAUCUCGCAGAACACGCUCGACAGUGUGUUUGUCAGCCUGGCCCGACACCAGAGCGAGUGUGUGCCAGAGAAGGGAGAAGCCGAAACGGAGCUGACGUAUGUAUGACGUCACCCGCCGGUCUCAGGUGUGACGUCACCUGCUGACCUAUGUAUGACGUCACCCGUCGUAUGAUCAGGUGUGACGUCACCUGCUGACCUACGUAUGACCUCAAAUAUUGGCCAAAUGUGACGUAAUCUCUGCAGAGGACUGUAUCUGGGAUCUUCUGCCGCUGACCUGAGAUCUUACUGACCAACCAACUGAGGAGAAAACAGAACGAUAUACCUACUGAUCUGGUUCGCGCCUAUCAGCAGCUACGGCUGCUUACUGACUGAGGCUGGCGUGAUCGUGUUUCAAGAGAAAACUGCCGUGAAGUUACAUCCCCUUUCUUUCAACGGAAGCCAGAACGGAGGGCCAUGACUGGACCUCCGUUUAGUUCGCAGGUCCAGUUCAGCACUGUAUACGAUCUCCAGUUUAGGUUUGCCAGUUGCCAGUUCGGCUGUGGUAGGUCCGUUUGAAUUCCAGUAGCAGUAGCGGUUCUUAGAUGGAUCGUCCGCCACUGACCAAGCGUGAGAAGAUUCCGAAAAGUAAUCGAACAGCCCACCUAGCCGUGUACCCACUCAUUUACCAUCAUUUGCGUAUGCAAACACACAUUGCUGUGCUCGAUUCACUGGCGAUUGAUGGAUAGCUCAAGGGAUAGCUUACCUACUUGUGUUAUCCUACGGUUUAAAUGUAAAAUUCAAGGGGUCUGUGGGUGAUCUGUGGGUGCACUACAGAGGGGUGUGAUGCUGGUGUGUUUAUCUUUAGUGUUUUGCGGUUUAUGUCGCCGAUUGUUUUCUAUGUUAUUUGCUAUCCAAUGCAGCCAUCUUUCCACGUGUUUGUGUGUUUUUUUUUAGGUGUUGGUGUCAGGUGUAGUGUAUUCCGAUCAAUGUUGUAACAUUCCCUCAAGCAGUUGGAUGACAGUGUUUGGUAGUUAUAUUUCUGACACCACGUAUGCAGUUGUCCUUCAAUCAGUGUUCUAUUGCAUGCCGUUGUUCGGUGUACCAGUGUCUUUGAAGCAUCGAUAGCUGUCGGUGUCAGUGUCAAACCGAUUUCAGCAGUACAUACCUUCCCAAUAGUCUCAGGAAAUAGUCUCUUUUGUAGCAGCGUAGUGAUGGUAGGGUUAGUCAUGGUGAUCAUGUACGAUAUUCCAGAUCAGUGAUUGUACCAACGUAUCCUAGUUGCUGUAUAGUCGACCAUUGGUGUAAACUCGCUGUGAAGACGGUCGCGUUAGCUAAAUUUGUGGCACCGUACGUACCAACCCAAUGCAGUGGUCAAGUUGGGAGUAGAACAGUAAGUCGCGGCCUCCUCCGGAAAUGUUUCGGUUGCGACCUAAGAUCACAAUGACAGAGAGCCAGGAGAUCCUCGCCAAAGAGCCAAGAGAACUACAAAAGUCACCAAAGAGCUGCGCUACGCUGUGGGGUUAGUUAUGAUUUGUACCGGGGUUCCAGAUAGGCCAUGUUUGUAGUGUGUUCAGUGGGAGGUGUUUUUGUGAUAUUUAUCAGCACAUACCUCAUUACCGCGUCGAUGUGCAAACCCUGUGAUGUGUGUGCCACUUUGCGAAUAUAUUUGUGUCCUGCACA